UAUAAGUGUGAGGAGUCAUGAACACCCAUUGAUUCAGGAAUAAAUGUCCAGUAACAGAAAAAACAGUAAAAUCCCACCACAGUAUAAGGAAAGCAGAAAAUGGUGUGGAAUUUACCAAAUCAUAUUUAAAACAGGCAUAGUCAAUUUUAAAAUGAAACAGUUUUGGUUCAAACAUGUUGCAGGCAAUGGGCAGUUCACACUGGUAUGGGAAUAUAUUCACAUAAUUCUGUACUUCCCUAGCCCAAUAUACUGUGUUGCUCUCUGCCAGAGCUACAUCACUCUUCUUUCAUCUACACAUAUUUUAAUGACAGCUCUUGUCAAGUGAGCACGUGUGCUAACUGUGUAAUUUACUUCAGUGGAUUUGACUAAAAUAGGUGCUUGCAGAAUGUGACAUACGACAGAAUCUUUUUCGGAAAACGCCGGCUGAAGGCGCAACAACCCUUCCCUGAGAUGGUUUAUUCCAUGCGUGAAGCAGCUGGAGUCGGAGGGAAGCACAGCGUAAGCUCGGGUUUCUCUCUCAGCUCUUAACGUUUCAAUACCGAGGCGCUGAGGGGGAAGGAAGAAGCUUUGAAAAUUAAGGAGGAAAAGCAAAUAUUCAGUAGCAGCCCUCGUGUCCAGAUUUGUUGUGUCAGGUAUCGGAGGCCAAGAUGCAUGCUCCUUCUGUUAGGUUUAAAACAACAAGGAUGAAUUGGAGCUCUGUCCGUCUUGGUGCAUUCGGGAUUACACUUAUCAUGAAGGUGAAAGCCAAUUGGAGUCGGAUUCUGAUGUGCUGCUUGGGUUGGAUUGCUGCAGCCGGCGGUCAGAACUGUGGUGACACGUUACGUGGUCCUAAUGGAACAGUUGACAGCCCAGGUUUUCCAUAUGGGUAUCCAAAUUAUGCCAACUGCACCUGGACAAUUAUCACUGAAGAACGCAAUAGAAUACAAUUGGCAUUUCAAUCAUUUGCCUUAGAAGAAGACUUCGAUGUAUUAUCAAUAUAUGAUGGUCAACCAUAUCAAGAAAACUUGAGGACAAGGUUGACCGGAUUUCAGCUUCCUCCUCCGAUUGUGAGUUCAAGUUCUGUUCUCACUCUGUGGCUUCUCAGUGAUUAUGCAGUGAGUGCCCAAGGCUUUAGAGCAGUCUAUGAGGUUUUACCAAGUCAUACUUGUGGAAAUCCUGGCAAAUUACAGAAUGGACUGCAGCAGGGAUCCACUUACAAUAUUGGAGACAAAAUCCGAUUUAGCUGUAAUGCCGGCCACUUCCUUGAAGGACAUGCAGUACUGACUUGUCUUGCCAGUUCAGAGGACAGCGCAUCGUGGGAUUUUCCUGUUCCCUUUUGCAGAGCGGAUGAUGGCUGUGGAGGGACAUUGCGUGGACAGAGUGGAGAUAUCUCGAGCCCCAAUUUUCCAUCAGUUUAUGAGAAUAAUGCGGACUGCACUUGGACUAUUCUAGCUGAACCUGGUGAUACCAUUGCACUGGUCUUCACGGAUUUUCAGUUGGAAGAUGGGUAUGACUUCUUAGAGGUCAGCGGGACAGAAGAUUCAUCAAUAUGGUUGACUGGAAUGAAUCUACCUUCUCCUGUCAUCAGCAGUAAAAACUGGCUGCGGCUUCAUUUUACGUCUGAUAGUAAUCACAAGCAAAAAGGCUUUAGCGCUCAUUAUCAAGUUAAAAAGUUGAUUGAACUGAAGUCUCGAGGAGUAAAAUUGCUCCCAAGCAAAGAUAAUCAGAAGCCUUCAGUUUUGACUCAAGCAGGAACAGCACAGGGUUAUAAUAUGUGUCCUGACCCAGGAGUUCCUGAAUGGGGGAAAAGAACAGGUGUGGAUUUCAGACUGGGAUCCAGUGUGCAGUUCUCAUGUGAUGAUGGCUAUGAAUUGCAAGGGUCUAAAAGCAUCACCUGUAUGAGAAUGUCUGACUUAUUCGCAGCUUGGAGUGAUCACAGACCAUUCUGCCGAGCUCGAGUAUGCGGUGCCCACCUGAGUGGUCCCACUGGAGUUAUUUCAUCCCCUAAUUUCCCUGUGCAAUAUGAUAGUGAUGCACACUGUGUGUGGGUGAUCACUGCCUCUGAUCCAGACAAGGUGAUUAAGCUGACUUUUGAUGCAUUUGAAUUGGAAAGAGGCUACGACACUUUAACAGUUGGGGAUGGUGGGCAGCCUGGAGAACAGAAAACAGUACUUCAUGUUUUGACAGGGACGAAUAUUCCUGACCUAAUUGUGAGUGUGAGCAAUCAGAUGUGGCUACAGUUCCAGACCGAUGAAACCAACAGUUUGCUGGGUUUCAAGGCUGUAUUUUCAGAAAUAGAACAGGGAACCUGCAGUGAUCCUGGGACGCCAGCUUAUGGAAAGCGGGAGGGUACAAGUUUCCUUCAUGGUGACAUUUUGAGAUUUGAAUGCUUGCCUGCUUUUGAACUUGUUGGCCAAAAGACUAUCACCUGCCAGAAGAAUAACCAAUGGUCAGCGAAGAAACCCAGCUGUGUGUUCUCAUGUUUCUUCAAUUUUACAACUCCAUCUGGCAUUCUGCUAUCCCCCAAUUACCCAGAGGAUUAUGGCAACCAUAUGCAUUGUGUAUGGCUGAUUAUUGCAAAGCCAGAAAGCAGGAUUCAUCUGGCCUUCAACGAUUUUGAUGUUGAGCCGCAGUUUGACUACGUAUCUGUGAAAGACGGGUUAAAUCCUGAAUCGCCUGUCUUGGGAACUUUUUCUGGAAACAAAAUCCCUUCUCCUUUGACCAGCAGUGGCCAUGUAUCACGUUUAGAAUUCCUUACAGACCACUCCACAGCUGCUCGAGGAUUUAACAUCACUUUCACAACAUUCCGACACAACGAAUGUCCUGAUCCUGGAGUGCCAGUGAAUGGGAGACGCUUUGGAGAAAGUCUGCAGCUGGGAAGUACUGUAUCCUUUCUGUGUGAGGAAGGAUUUCUGAAGACACAUGGAUCAGAAACAAUCUCCUGUAUCCUGAAAGAUGGAAAUGUGGUCUGGAAUAAUGCUGUGCCAAGAUGUGAAGCACCUUGUGGAGGUCACCUUACUGCUCCAACUGGCAUGAUAUUAUCUCCAGGAUGGCCAGGAUUUUACAAGGAUUCCCUGAACUGUGUGUGGGUGAUUGAAGCUCAACCAGGAUAUCCCAUAAAAAUAACAUUUGACAGGUUUAAAACUGAAGUAAAUUACGAUACCUUGGAAGUCCGAGAUGGAAAAUCCUACUCCUCACCACUGUUAGGUCUCUAUCAUGGUACUCAAGUGCCUCAGUUUCUGAUCAGUACCAGCAACUAUCUUUACCUCCUGUUCUCUACUGACAAAAGCCACUCAGAUGUUGGGUUCCAAAUUCGGUUUGAAACUGUGAAACUGCAAUCUGAUUCUUGCUUGGAUCCUGGAAUUCCUGUAAAUGGUCAACGCAAUGGAAAUCUCUUGUAUGUUGGAUCUUCUGUCUCUUUUAGUUGUGAUCCAGGCUACACCCUAAGUGAUGAUGAAGCUCUUGUCUGUGAACCCAAUUACCAAUGGAGCCGUGCUUUGCCUAGCUGUGAAGCUUUGUGUGGAGGUUACAUCCGUGGAUCAAGUGGAACCAUCCUCUCUCCUGGGUUUCCUGAUUUUUACCGAAACUCAUUGAAUUGUACCUGGACUGUGGAAACAUCACAUGGCAAAGGAAUUCAGUUCACCUUUCAUACUUUUCACUUGGAGAGUCCCCAUGACUAUUUGCUGAUCACUGAAAAUGGAAGCUUUGCUCAUCCUUUGAAAAGACUCACAGGAUCUAACCUGCCACCUUCAGUCAGUGCUGGACUCUUUGGGAAUUAUACAACACAGAUCCGAUUCAUCUCAGACUUUUCCAUGUCAUAUGAGGGUUUCAACAUGACUUUCACAGAAUAUGACUUGGAGCCUUGUGAUAAUCCGGGUAUCCCACCAUUCAGCAGCAGAACUGGGCGUCGAUUUGGAGUUGGAGACUCCCUUACGUUUUCAUGUUUUCCGGGGUAUAGACUGGAAGGUGCGUUCCGGAUAACUUGCCUUGGAGGUAGACGGCGUGUGUGGAGUUCGCCUCUUCCAAGGUGUGUUGCUGAAUGCGGGGCAUCUGUAACUGGAAAUGAAGGCAUUCUUCUUUCACCCAAUUACCCAGCUGAUUACAGCAACAACCAUGAAUGCAUCUAUUCCAUUCAAACACAGCCAGGCAAAGGAAUACAUUUGAAAUCAAGAACGUUCAGACUCCAGGAAGGAGAUAUUCUGAAGAUUUUUGAUGGGAAGGACAGCUCCUCUCGGUUACUUGGUACCUUCACUGGAUCACAGAUGCUCAAUAUCGUUUUGAACAGUACGUCAAACAGCAUGUGGCUUGAGUUCAUCACAAAUGCAGAGAACACCAGCAAAGGAUUUGAGCUCCUUUUCUCCAGUUUUGAAUUGAUCAGGUGUGAAGAUCCAGGGACCCCACAGUUCGGCUUUAAGAUCCAGGAUGAGGGACACUUUGCUGGAACCACUGUUGUUUUUGAUUGUAAUCCAGGGUAUACUUUACAUGGGAACUCUGUACUCACCUGCUUAACUGGAGAUCGCAGGGCCUGGGACAAUAUGCUGCCUUCCUGUGUAGCUGAAUGUGGAGGUCACAUCAUCGGAGAAACUUCCGGAAGAAUCUUUUCACCUGGGUACCCAGCACCAUAUGACCACAAUCUUCACUGCACCUGGUCUGUGGAAGCAGAUCCUGGCAGUACAAUCGGCAUCCAUUUUCUAGUCUUUCACACGGAGGCUGUUCAUGAUGUUCUGAAGGUUUGGGAUGGGCCGCUGGAGAGUGGCAUUCUGCUGAGGGAGAUGAGUGGCUCCACACUGCCUCCUGAUACCCAGAGCACGUUUAACUCCAUCACACUGCAGUUUGACACAGACUUCUUCACAAGCAAGCAGGGCUUCGCCAUUCAUUUCACAAUUUCCAGAGCUACUUCGUGCAAUGACCCUGGGGUUCCUCAGAAUGGCACUCGAAGUGGAGACAGCAGAGAGCCACAAGAUUCAAUUGUGUUUCAAUGUGACCCUGGAUAUGCCCUACAAGGAACAGCUACCAUCACGUGUGUCCAGAUUGACAAUAGAUUCUUCUGGCAGCCUGAUCCGCCCACAUGCAUAGCUCCUUGUGGAGGAAACCUGACUGGGCCAACAGGAAUCAUCCUUUCUCCCUUUUACCCUGAGCCUUAUCCUCAUGGCAAGGAAUGUGACUGGAAAGUAACUGUGUCACCCGACUAUGUCAUUUCUCUGACGUUCCUAAGCUUCAGUGUGGAGCCCGGCUAUGAUUUCCUUCAUAUCUAUGACGGACCAGAUUCUCUCAGUUCUCUGAUUGGCAGCUUUCAGGGCUCACAGGUGCCUGACAAAAUCGAGAGCAGCAGCAACAACCUUUUCCUGGCCUUUCGCAGUGACGCCUCAGUCAGCAUGACAGGAUUUGCUCUUCAGUAUACCGAGAACCCCAGGGAAUCUUGCUUUGAUCCUGGAACCAUCAAGAAUGGGACAAGGGUGGGAACACACCUAAAGCUUGGAUCCACAGUGACAUUUUACUGUGACAGUGGCUAUGAAAUCGUCGGUUAUUCAACUCUGACUUGCAUCAUGGGAACAGAUGGAAAACCUUCCUGGAACAAACCUGUUCCAUCCUGUUCAGCACCAUGUGGAGGUCAAUACUCUGUAUCAGAAGGUGUCAUUUUGUCUCCAAACUACCCAAAGAACUACACUGGUGGACAGACAUGUUUAUAUUCAAUCAUUGUGCCUAAGAACUAUGUGGUAUUUGGCCAGUUUACAUACUUCCAAACAGCACUGAAUGAUGUGGUGGAAGUGCACGAUGGCCCAACCCAACAUUCGCGACUCCUCAGCUCACUCUCUGGCUCCCACACAGGGGAAUCUUUGCCACUGGCCACCUCCAAUCAAGUUUUAAUGAAGUUCAGUGCCAAGAGUCACGCAACAGCCAAAGGCUUUCACUUUGUCUAUCAAGCGGUACCCCGGACAAGUGCCACACAAUGUAGCUCGAUACCUGAGCCAAGGUAUGGCAGAAGAAUAGGAAAUGACUUUGCUGUGGGCGCCGUUAUCCGCUUCGAAUGCAAUCCAGGUUACGCUCUCCAAGGUUCCCAGAACAUAGAAUGCCUAGCUGUACCUGAUGCCUUGGCACAGUGGAAUGACUCCGCACCAACUUGUUCAGUACCUUGUGGAGGAAAUCUCACUGAACGAAAGGGCACAAUUCUUUCACCGGGCUUUCCCGAUCCUUAUCAGAACAGCCUGAACUGUUUAUGGAAAAUCACAGUCCCUGAAGGAGCUGGCAUACAGAUUCAAGUUGUCAGCUUUGCUACUGAGCAUAACUGGGAUUCACUGGAGGUUUUUGAUGGUGGUGAUAUUACAGCAACAAUGCUUGGCAGUUUCUCAGGCACCACAGUCCCCGCUUUGUUGAACAGCAGCUCCAAUCAACUUUAUUUGCAUUUCUAUUCUGACAUCAGUGUGUCUGCAGCUGGGUUCCAUCUGGAAUACAAAACUGUAGGAUUGACCAGUUGCCCAGAACCAUUGGUCCCUGCUAAUAGUGUGAAGACUGGUGAGAGAUAUCUAAUUAAUGAUGUUGUGUCCUUUCGAUGUGAACCAGGUUAUCAAUUGCAGGGGCACUCACAUAUUUCCUGUAUGCCUGGAACAGUCCGCCGAUGGAACUAUCCACCACCACUGUGCAUUGCACAAUGCGGAGGGACUUCCAUGGAUACCAGUGAUGUGAUCCUGAGUCCAGGUUUUCCAGGAAAUUAUCCCAGUUACAUGGAUUGCGUUUGGAGAAUUUCGUUAGAGGUUGGAUAUGGAGCAUAUAUUGAAUUUCGGAACUUUUCUACUGAACCUAACCACGAUUUUGUCGAAAUUCGGAAUGGACCACAUGAUACAAGUACAGUGAUCGGCAGAUUCAGUGGAGCUAAGCUGCCACCUUUUCUGAUGUCAACCUCUCAUGAGACAACCAUAUACUUCCACAGUGACCAUUCGGAAAACAAACAAGGCUUUGAGCUUAUGUACCAAGCUUAUGAGUUGCAUGAAUGUCCUGAUCCUCGACCGUUUGCCAAUGGCAUUGUCACAGAAUCUGGUUACAAUGUUGGACAAUCCAUUUCAUUUGAGUGUUUACCAGGUUAUGAACUUAUCGGCCACACUGUUCUGAUCUGUCAGCAUGGAAUUGACAGAAACUGGGAUCACCCUAUACCAAGAUGUGAAGUUCCCUGUGGAGGCAACAUCACCACUUACAAUGGCACAAUCUACUCUCCUGGCUAUCCAAAUGAAUAUCCAAACUCUCAGGAUUGCACAUGGCUUGUGACAGUGCCUGUGGGCUAUGGGAUUUACGUCAACUUAACUGUGCUGCAAACUGAACCUGGCAAUGACUUCAUUACUAUAUGGGAUGGAGCUCAGCAAAGUGCACCUCAGCUGGGGGUGUUCAGUGGAAGCUCAACUAAAGAAUCCACAUACAGUUCUUCAAACCAGAUUCUUUGCAAGUUCCGCAGUGAUAUGGCAAAUGGAGGUCUCUUUGUUUUAAACUUUUAUGCGUAUCAGCUGAGGAAAUGUCGCCCUCCUGUCUCUGUACCAAAUGCUGAAAUAUUCACUGAAGAUGAAGAGUUUGAAAUUGGUGACAUUAUCAAGUACCAGUGCCUCCCUGGGUUUACUCUGAUUGGAAAUGAAAUAUUAACGUGUCGUUUAGGAACACACCUGCAGUUUGAAGGACCUCCUCCAUCAUGUGAAGCACAUUGCCCAAUGAAUGAAAUGCACACAGAUUCCUCAGGAGUCAUCUUGAGUCAAGGCUUCCCAGGAAAUUAUCCACAUUUUCAGACCUGUUCUUGGAUUAUUAAGGUGGAUCCAGGCUUCAACAUCACACUUCUAAUUGAUUUCUUCCAGAGUGAAAAACAGUUUGAUGAACUGGAAAUAUUUGAUGGGGCCUCAAGUCAAAACCCACUGCUGAUCUCUCUUAGUGGCAACUACACAUCUCCAAUAACUGUCGUCAGCUCGGGCAAUAAGGUAUACCUCCGCUGGUCAACUGACCAUGCCACCAGUCGGAAAGGCUUUAAGAUCCAUUAUUCAGCCCCUUACUGUAGCCCACCAAGUCCGCCAAGGCAUGGCAUGGUUCACACUCAAACUGGAGGCCUACCUGGCAGCAAGGUGCAAUUCAGCUGUGAUCCAGGUUAUCGGCUGAUUGGACAGGUUGUUGCAACAUGCUCUCGAUCCCCACAAGGCUGGUAUAACUGGAAUACUAUUCCUCCUCUUUGUCAAGCCAUUUCUUGUGGUGUUCCAAAAGCCCCAGAGAAUGGGACAGUCUUUGGGAGAGAGUACACUCUUGGAACAAGGGCCAUAUAUCAGUGUAAUGAAGGAUAUAGGUUGCAAUCUGGUGAACUAUCAACUGCUGUCUGCCAGGAAAAUGAAAAAUGGAGCAACAAUGAUUACCCUCCACUGUGUGUGCCUGUGACAUGUCCUGAUGUUAAUAGUGUCCGUGUAGAGCAUGGGGACUGGAAGCUAUUAUAUGGAAACCCAAAUCAAUAUGGAGCUCAAGUCAUUAUCAUUUGUGAUCCAGGGUAUUACCUGGAAGGACAUAGGGUCAUCAAUUGUCAGGCUAAUGGUACUUGGAGUGGAGGAGAGCCGAAGCCCAGCUGUAAAAUCAUCUCAUGUGGUGAACUGCCAUUUCCUCCAAAUGGCAAUAAAAUUGGAACACUAACAGUAUAUGGAGCGACUGCCAUCUUUUCCUGCAAUACCGGAUACACAAUGGUAGGAUCCCGGGUACGGGAAUGUCAGGCCAACGGGCUGUGGAGCGGAAUGGAAGUGAAAUGCCUUGCUGGUCACUGUGGGAUGCCUAAGCCCAUUGUCAAUGGUCAAAUAAUUGGAGAAAAUUUCAAUUAUCGUGGGACAGUGGUGUACCAGUGCAGCCCAGGUUUUCGCUUGAUUGGAACUUCAGUCCGAAUUUGUCAGCAGGACCAUCAGUGGUCAGGCAGAUCACCUGUAUGUGUGCCUAUUACAUGUGGACACCCUGGUAAUCCAGGUAACGGCGUAACACAUGGAACACAGUUUAACCUGAAUGACAUUGUUCGGUUCACCUGUAACCCAGGAUAUACACUUCAUGGGACUGUUAGUUCCCAAUGUCAAUCUAAUGGACAAUGGAGCAACUCACUUCCGACUUGUCAAGUGGUCAAUUGUUCAGAUCCCGCACAUAUUGAAAAUGGUAUUCGUCGGGUGCAAAUAAACGUCGCACAAAGAUUCAGUUACGGUAGUACCGUGUCAUAUGAAUGUAAUCCCAGAUACUACCUGUUGGGAUCAGAUGUUUUGACGUGUCAAGGAGAUGGUUCCUGGGAUCGAUCUCUCCCAAAGUGUUUGUUGGUAACAUGUGGUCAUCCCGGAAUUCCACCUGGUGCAGAACUGUACGGUGACCAGUUUACAGUUGGCUCCACUGUGCGGUAUUACUGUGAAAGAAAUCGCCGCUUGAUUGGAAAUACCACUCGUAUCUGCCAGAUGGAUGGGCAUUGGAGUGGAUCAUUACCACAUUGCUCAGAUAAUAAUCUUGGAUACUGUGGUGACCCAGGACUCCCAGCACAUGGCAUUCGUUUGGGCAAGGAUUUCCGAGUGAAGAACAUACUUCGAUUCACAUGUGAAGCUGGUUAUGUUCUUAAAGGAUCUUCGGAACGUAUCUGCCAAUCAGAUGGAACCUGGACUGGGAUCCAGCCAGAAUGUGAAGCUGUGUCCUGUGGAAAUCCUGGAACACCACGUAAUGCGAGGAUAGUGUACAGCAACAAACUGGUCUUCUCAAGUUCCAUUACCUACGCAUGUAGGGAAGGCUACUAUUCAACUGGCUUGCUAACUAGACACUGUACUGUGAAUGGAACGUGGACCAGUGUUCCUCCGCAAUGCACAGUGAUAAAUUGUGGUGACCCUGGAUUACCAGCAAAUGGAAUCAGACUGGGCUCUGACUUCAUCUAUAACAAGACAGUAGUUUUCCAGUGCAUGCCAGGCUACACAAUGGAUCCUUUGAGAUAUUCUUCUCUCAUCUGCACCAGGGACAGAACUUGGAAUGGAACCAGGCCAACCUGCAGAUCAAUCACAUGCCAACCUCCUCCGAGAAUCCUCAAUGGAAUUGUAGUGGGAACAGACUUCAGUUGGGGGGCCAGCAUCAGCUACACAUGUACUGAGGGAUACCAGCUGUCAUUACCUGCUGUACUUACCUGCGAAGGAAAUGGGACUUGGACUGGGGAGAUCCCACAGUGCUUUCCUGUGUUUUGUGGAGACCCAGGAAUCCCAGCACAAGGAAGGCGAGAAGAUCGAGGGUUUACAUACAAAUCUGCUGUUUUCUUCACCUGCAACCCACCACUGAUACUUGUGGGAUCGUCUAGGAGGUUUUGCCAAUCUGAUGGCACCUGGAGUGGAACACAACCAACCUGUUUGGAUUCAACACAUACCACUUGCGUUGACCCAGGGGUGCCCACUUUUGGAAUACAGAACAAUUCCGAAGGUUACCAGGUUGGAAGUACAGUGAGGUUCAAGUGCCAGAAAGGUUAUCUUCUUCUUGGAUCGACCACACGCACGUGUCUUACCAAUCUUACCUGGAGUGGUACUCAGCCAGAAUGCAUUUCACACCACUGCAGACAGCCUGAGACUCCUCCUCAUGUUAAUGUGGAAUCGAUCGACCUGCCUUCACUGGGAUACACUAUGAUUUACACAUGUCAGCCUGGCUUCUACCUUACUGGAGGGUCGGAGCAUCGAACCUGCAGGCCUGAUGGAAGCUGGACAGGAAAACAGCCUCUCUGUUAUGAUACCAGGCCAAGUGGGAGACCAAUUGGAACAGUCAAGGAAAUUCCAAGUACCAAACUUUCAGUUCCACCUAAUGUCUUUGCUCAGAAUUCCCUCUGGAAAGGCUCUUAUGAGUAUCUUGGGAAGAGGCAGCCAGUGAUGUUAACAAUUAAUAGUUUUAAUCUAUCAACCAGUCAAGUUAAGGCAACUCUUCUCGACCAGAGUGGAGUAGAGCUUAGAUUGAAGGGUUUCUACAAAAAGGAAGAACAUCACCUUCUUCUUGAACUAUAUACAAUCCAUGGUCCUGUUGAAAUGUUUGUGCACAAGUUUAAGAAUGACAACCUGGCUCUGGAUGGCUAUGUUUCAGCAGAGGCUUCAGGCAGCACAUUCGUGUACCAAGGAUUUGUACAAGGCAAAGACUUCGGACAGUUUGGUCUCCAAAGAAUAGAUCUGCACAUGCUGGAAGCUGGCACUGACUCAAUAGGGCACCACUUUAGCACUAGCAGCAGCUCAGUGGCUGUUGCCAUCCUCGUGCCUUUCUUUGCCCUGAUAACAGCAGGAUUUAUAUUGUAUCUCUACAAACACAGGAAAAGGCCAAAAGUACCAUUCAACGGUUUUGCAGGCCAUGAAAAUACAAAUGGUCGAGCAACUUUUGAAAAUCCCAUGUACGAUCGAAAUGUUCAAUCCUCUGACAUUGUGGCCAAUGAGAUUGAAGUGACAGUGAGCACUGUAUGCACGGCAGUAUAGCACUUACUUUUGAACAAACCAUUGAAUGCUGAAGUCCAGAAUCACUUCAUCAGAUUCUACUUGACUGCUUUUCUUCAAAGAUGUAGUGACUGUGGAGAAGCUACUAAGAAUGCUGCCCUUUACAUUACUUCUAUUAUGAAGAGUCAGCUAGUCGGGGAUGCCAAAAUACUUUGUCAGAAAUCACCAGUUAGAAACCAUUUUCUUACUGUUGUAGUCCACACUGUACAUUGGGGAUAAUGAACGAAACACAUUAUUGAGUUCUAGCCCUCAAAAUCCAAUGACUCCAAAUAAAUAUCUCCAUUCUGGAUGAUGUUUUGGCAAAGGACAAGUCAAACAAUAAAGCCCACCCUCUAGCAAGGAUCUACAUUUUUGACUUGAUUCUCACAAGAAUCUAUUUAAAUAACAAGGCAUAAUCAUACACAAUAACCAACAAGAAAAAAAACAUGUGGUUGUAAGCUUUUAAGUGAAUUGUUGGUUCUGAAAGGGGUAAAAUGUACCAUUGGUUGUCCCUUGUUGCUAUUUCUGGUCUUCACCAGGCCAUGAGCCAAUUACCUUUCCUUCAGUGACUUCACAUUGUUGAGUUAUAUUCACGAAUGUGAAUAGAGACAUCAGUAUCUAAAUUUAGCGAUCCUUUUAAUCUUCAGUUGUCAUACUUUAAACUCUACAGGAUUCAUUACAAUCUCCAGAAAAUUGUACUAAAGGUAUGCAUGAUUUUAAAGUUUCAAGGCAUGUUCAUUACAGCCUUAAUUCUGUGGUUUUGCACAUUUAACAUAACUUUGAUUACUGUUAUGCAUCAUAUUGUGACACUUUAUCAAUUAUUUACUCAUGUUUGGACACUCAUGACAAUAUUGCAAUGGUAGUAGAUGGCUUAAAUUUGAACCCGGUUCUAGCAGAUUGGUUAUAAGUUCAAUUCUUGUUAUGGAAUCUCUGACAUUCCUCUCUCCAAAGAGCACUUUAAUUUUCCUGUAGUAGACAGCAAAGUAAAAUAGUAGCCUUAUUAUUGACACCUAACAGCCCAGAAUUCAGUGGCAGUUAUACCCCAAGAGCAAAGCUGUUAAGGUGUCAAAACAGAGUACAGUAGCUUCUGUAAGAUAAAUCUAUCAUGAAAGAUGUAGGGAAUCCCAUUCCCAUGGGAAUGCAGUACAUUAAGGGUCCAUUCCGGUGAGAACGUAUUGGAGUUCAUGUUGAUGAAAAAUUCAGAAAUGACCGGGAUCAUUGUUGGAGCAGAUAGAUAUGGCAGAUAUCAACAGUAACAAAGUUCAUCAAUCUAGCACUUUUAACAUAGUAAAGAUUUCUGAAAAGGUGUGAUUUUUAAAACACUCCAAGGCACCCGAAGGAUAAUUAUCAAGCAGUGAUUGAUGCUGAAAGGGGAGAUAAGUCGAGUGAAGAAAAGGUUAGUCAGCACUGUAGGUUUCAAAGAACAUCUUACAAGAAGAAGAUGGAGAGGCAGAGUAGUUUAGACAGGGAAGUUCAAGCUGUGAUCAGCUGUCAACCGAAAAAUUAAAGGUGCAGCAAUUAAACCUAGAGAUGUGCUAGGUGCCAGAAUUGGCGAGUGUUAAGAUCUCAAAGUAUUUAAAGUUGUAUGAAGCUUCAGAUAGGGUCCUUUUUGAAGUUAAUGAAUAUUUCAGACCCUGUUAUCUUGGUACAAUAUUAGUGUACUUUAUAGGAGACAACAGGCUGCUACCCACUGACUGGAGAGCAGGCUAAAUCCCGUCUAAUUGAGGAAAAUCCCACUGACUAAUGAAGUACUUAGACAAUGAUCUAAACAAUAGUUUUCCUUCCCUGGGAUCAGCAACUCUGGGACAGAAGUCCUGCCUGCCAAGAUCUGCCAACCAACAGGCUGCUGCCUGGAUGACCUCCACCUGAGGCUGAUGAUCAUGUCUAGAUUCCAUGUCAUAGGUGAGUGAUAGUGAGUGGAGGUUUAUGGGGACGGUGGACAAAUGGGUGGGGUGAGAAAACUAGGCAGAAAGACCAGAGAACUAGCUCUCAACAGGUCCCCUCAUUCCUGAUGCUAGAUCCCUAAACACUUUUGAACAAGGACAGAGGAGCCUACAAGCAACCUUCCACCGAUUUGCUUGUCAUGGUCCCCAAAUGGUGAGUCACCCUCUAAGUUAGUGACAGAGGGAUAAGAUCCUGAAUUGUCCACUUAAGAGCUUCAACUGACCAUUGGGGAUGAAGGCUGUCCACAAACCUUCCACCAUGGACUUAAUCAGCAACGGAGAUCAGUAGUCAAAAGGGUCACCCCCACUUUUCAGCCUCUCUCACAAACAAAUACCCUCUCAACACCAACUCACUGCACGGUAGGGUGGUAAAUUCUGCCCCUGGUGCUAGUUAAGAACAUUUAAAUCAUAUCAUACUUUGUACGGAAUGUAGUUUAUUACAGAAAAAUAAUAUACACUGCAGAUAUUGGAAAGCUGAAAUAAAAAUGCAAAGUGCUUAUGGCAGAUGUAGCAGGAAGUCUGCUCUGAAGUAGAUUCAUACCAGACUUGAAACGUUAACUCUGUUUCUGUCAGACAGAUACUGUCUGAGUUUCUCCAGCACUGUCUUUUUUUCAUUUGCAUUGACUGAGUCUAUGUCUAAGAUGCAUUAACAAAAAGUUACUCUGUGGAUAACCAUGGCUGUCUCAUAGACUCAGAAUAUAAAGAAUGUGGGAUGUAUACUUGCAUGUCAUUUUUAUGAGUUUUCUGAAAUAAUUCAGUUGUAUUUUACAGCAAAGGUCAGUUUUUAAUUGUGCGGUCAUCCUGCCAAUAUUGCCUUCUGGUAUUUCAGUGUUUCUGUCAAUGUGGAAGUCCCUUCAUUACUCAGAUGUCUGGUCCAUCUGGAGAUGUGAUUUGAUAGUUGUUACAGCAUCACCGCAUGGUGUCAAGCCAAUCUGAAAUUGGACAAAGUGAGGCUGCAAGCACAUAAAUAAAUGAAAAAUCAAAACAGUUAGAAGGAAAUAAAUCAGGAGGCAGAAAAUAAAACUGACAGAAGAGAGUAUGGUGGGGUCUUUGCUGAGGGAGCAAUUGACAAUUUGGCCACAGUAUGUCCUGAAAACUGUGCUAGUUUUCUGAAGUGAAGUUAUGGUUCAAGUUUACAUUGAAAUUUAUUUCCAUAACACAGAAAUACCUUUUAUGAACCAAUGCAAUCUACCGUUUUUUAAAAUGUUUUUUCUCUUCCACCCUUGCAUUAAAAGUAUUCAGUGGUUAAGUACAACUUGUAACCAGAGAGGUGCGGUUUUAUUUUUACAUUGGAAAAUGGGUUUAUAACAAAAGUAAGCAUUUUCAGCAAUGUCUGGUGCACCCACUGUCAAAGAUGCAAUUUUAAGUAAAAGCCACUUUUUAAAAAGUACCCAAGCUUAUGCCAGUUUCAUUGGCGUAUACCAGUCAGUUCUUUCGUAAGUUCAAUGUUUUAAAAUACUUAGAACUUUGAUAAUGUAGCUGCAACUGUCCAUGAAUCCAAAAAAAAGCCAUUACUUUCUCAAGUGUUUCCUUGAAGAGGCAGAAACAGAAAUGAAUGGUAAUUAACAUGGUUAAGUCUGGAUUAACAUUUGAUUUUUUUUCCAACUGGAGUCAAAGAUUGUGGAAACUUGAUUGGUACAUGAUAUGACUUCCUUGUGAAAUUUCACAACCCUUUUCAGUGAAUAUUUACCUAGCCAGAUCGCUACCCCAGCUAUAACAGUAAGAAGGUGUAAGCAAUGUGACUGCUGUUUUUCUUAGAAAAAUUAUCCACUGUGAAUGUACUAGAAGGGAUAAUAAGAUAUACUUAUGUUCCCUACUUCCCUUUAGCAGUGUGUAACACAAUACAGAACAGGAUACAUACAUGAAAUUCAAGCAGGAACUUUAUUUUUCUGGCAGAAUUCAUAACAUCCUGUUUAUAGAAGAUAAUGUCUGAAGACAACUUCAAAAAGCUCUUGAAUGCAUGUGCAAAAGGCUUUUUUUUAUUAUUUGCUGUCUAGGCCAGCAUUUAUUGCCAUCCGUAAUUACCCAGACAGUAGU